AAAUAGCUGCCGUUUAUUGACGAACUGUCAAACUAAACUCGCAAAAAUGUCUAAUUUACAUUUGCUCAUUUAACUGAAACUUUACUCGCGAUUAGUCGUAAAAUUGUGUAGUUAUAUAUAUUACAGUUUUCUCAAUGUCAAAGUUCUAAAAGUGUUCACUCAUUUCUUGAGUUCUCAACAGAGCAUAAAAGUGUGAACAUCAAAAUAUUUUCUUCCAAUUGUAUAGACGAGCGCUUUUUAAUCAUAUUACUUUCUGGUAAAAGUGUAACGAUAGAGUUGAUGAUAGCGAAGGCUGUGAAAGGAGUCAUGACGAGAAACCGAUGACUUAUGUAGGAAGUGUCCUUGACGACAUUUCGUCCAACAUCUUUCUGUCUCUUACUAUUUCAAAACGUACAACCGAUCAAAAUUUGACGAGUGAAUCAAGAAGAUGUCAUCGUCAAGGCCGAGGCGACCUAGCGUAUCGAUUUGCGAUUAUCCGGAGCACCUGAAUCCGUUCAAUGACGGCACAACAAAUUCGCAAUCACAGGUAAACCAUGAGAGCAAAUCAUCGAAGGAGUUGAAGCACAAAUUUUGGACGUUCGGCAGGAGCCGAAAAAAGAGAUCGAACAGCUUCUCUAUCAAAUCUACUUGGAACGGAUUGUUUGGAAAGCGCAAAGAGCCAUGUGAAGGAGUGGAAAAGAAAUCGACGAUUACAACAGUCUCGACAACAUAUAAGAGAGAGCCUUACAACAAACCGAUAGCACCUCCGCGCUUAUCGAAAGAUCAACAGGAAUUUGACGAAGCACUGGGCACUUUGACAAGGAGGAGAAAGUAUACUUUUGACAAUACCUCGAGAUACAGCUCGAAUUUGACAGUAAAUGGAGAUUCUACUAAAAUUUAUGACGCAAAUCCCCAAGACACCACGACGUCUAUCAUGGGCGUUGAUCUCACACCAAAGCCUCCUGCCAGAAGAUUUGGACAAGUAAGUCCGAGAUUGAAGGACAACAUACCACCUUUGGAUUUCGAGGACAGACAACCCAAGGAGAAUGGUGAUGUGACCCUCCGCAACAAAUCAGAAGAGACACCAGUUCCGCCACUACGAAGAUUUGGCAACAGAUCAUCGCAGAGGUUAAAUGGAAUCACAUCGGACCUUGAAGAAGACCCGGCUAAUCGAUCCGGCGAUAUCAGUCUAAAGGAUGAGAACGAAAAUGUACCCGAGGAUUAUAUUUUCAAACGAUUUAGCCAAGAUGCCGUAAGAAAAUCGAAUUUAUCCAUUAACAGCUGUACAUCCAUCACCAGUGCGGCUAGUACAUAUGGACGCAAAAAACGAAGAGCACCACAACCACCGAAACGAAAGGAGCAAUUGGAAACUCCUUUGGAGGGUGGCUGUCGACCCGCAGAACCUACAUCAGAGAAGAGCAUAAUUGAACUCCAAAUAACCGAGCCGAUCGCCAAAGUCGCAGAGAACAUCGAAGAGGUGACGAAGAAGAGCUAUGGAGAAUCGAACGAAAAUUCACCACAGAAAGAACAAAAGCAAGUCGAAUUAUCUACUGAAAACGUGUUAUCUAACGACAGUGUCGUGAAGAACGAAACAUGUGAAAAUUCGCAAUGUGUAUCUGACAUGAAAGAGAAAGAAGAUUCUUCAGUAGAAAAAGUAACGUGUAAUCCCGAUGAAAAAUUAGGAAGAAUCACAUCUGAAGCAAAAGAUGAUAAAGAAAAAGAAUCGAAUAAAGAACAAUUAAAUAAUGCUGAGAAUUCCACCGAGAAUUUCGUGAACGUCGAAUACGAAAGAAUGUCCCAAGAAAAGAUCGAGAUUCUCAAAGAUGCCGAUUUAGAAUGUGACGAGGUCAAUCUUCGGAUUAAAGGUUCCGCGUUGUCGCGAAGCGAUAGCUUUUCUGUAAAAGAGGAGAUCGAGAAGAUCGAGAGGCAGAUCAAAGAGUUAGAGAGCAAGGAAGCAUCCAUGGAUCACGACGAUCACGACGACACGGUGACAAAUACCCGAUUGUCCAUUCAGGCGAAUCGCCGGCACUUCUUCGAAAAUAUGGUAGACGGGCCGUCCGGUCCGAUCAAGCUAGAGUUCAAGCAGUUGCCGCGCGAGCAAACGGACAUCCACGUGGUGAGAUUAACAGAUCUGCCGGUCGCGAUGCCCCGGGACCCAGUCAAGGUGAUCGAGCUGCACAUUUCUGAGCCGAUCAGACACAAACCUGAACUCUUAGACGAGGUAAAUCCUAUACCAAAACCCAGAAGACACAGCGCGCUCAGUCUAAAAGAUGAGUCCGAGACUAGGCAUUUAAAGGAUGAAGGUAGCAGCUCAGAAAAUCACGACAAAAGAGGAAAAUCUUUCUAAAAUCCUGAAAAAGCUUUACCCGCAAAUUUUUAACUUUUCAGUGAUAUUCUGAUCGUUAAAACUUUUACGUAUAUUGCAAGCGUACUUGGAUUUAACUAUAAAUUCGAUAAAAGGGAAAUUUAUGUGCUAGGAGACGAGCUAUUACUCGAAGGCUGUAUGCGUAUUCUACAUUACAUGUCCUCUUUUCGGACAUGCAACACUUUCUUAUUAGAUCGUAAUGAUUUCAUACUAAUGAAGAAUCAUACACAUCCUUCUGUGAGAAAAUUUAAAAUUUCGAUCGUGCUAGGUGAUUGUAUAAUGAUUUCUUUCGUUUGACAUCGUAACAUUUCAUAUGUAGGGCGUUAAGAACGAAGUUUUGCCUUUUGUUAAUAAUAUUAACUAGUUAUUUGUUAAUUACUGUUAAUUUAAUGUAAAUUAACAGAUAUAAGCAUAUUUUUGCAGUUUAAACAAGAAUCAUUUUUAUAUAACAAAAAUUAUUUUUGUUUAACAAUUCAAAUAUCAAGUAUCUUUCUUUACACUGAAAAAUCUAUAUUAUUCAUAUAGAAAUGUAAAUACGUAUAAGUGACAAAACUUUCUUAGCGCCUUAUGUAUUUAGGUAUAAUUUUCAUUAUUUAUUGAUACGAAAUAAAGUCUAAAUCCUAUCAUAGAAAUAUUCUGUGAUACAAUGUAUAACUCUACUUAGAAUAUUUCACGAGAUUAUAUUAAAAAAAUAUAAUCCUAUUUAGAAUUUAAUAAAAUCUGUAAAAAUGCAGAAAUAAAACAGCUUGAAAUAAAUCUAUGAAAA